UCUUCCCACCUUGUCGGUGGCAUCCUCUCAACACACUCACACAGACACAAUAUGGCUUUUUUUCAAACAGCCAAACCCGCUACUAAAGUCUCUGGUAAUGCAUCAGAACCCGCGCUCCAGCCUUGGGUUGAGAAGUAUCGACCCAAGACUAUCGACGAUGUUUCUGCUCAAGAACACACCGUUGCUGUUCUGAAGAAGACAUUGACAUCCACUAACUUGCCUCACAUGCUUUUUUAUGGGCCACCCGGAACCGGGAAAACUUCGACUAUUCUGGCUCUUGCAAGACAACUCUUCGGCCCUGACAACUUUCGCAAUCGAGUCUUGGAGUUGAAUGCGUCCGACGAGCGAGGAAUAUCCAUCGUUCGCGAAAAGAUCAAGAACUUUGCCCGUCAAACACCACGCGCACAGACUGUUGCCUCCGAUGGCAACACCUACCCAUGCCCACCUUAUAAAAUCAUUAUUUUGGACGAAGCCGACUCCAUGACACAAGAUGCACAAGGCGCUCUCCGUCGUAUAAUGGAGAACCAUGCUCGCAUUACUCGCUUCUGCUUAGUCUGCAACUAUGUUACUCGUAUCAUCGAGCCAUUAGCGUCCCGCUGUUCGAAAUUCCGCUUCACCCCUCUUGAUUCCGACUCGUCCAGCUCACGUCUUACGCAUAUAGCCAAUGCCGAAGGUGUCACCGUCGAUAAGCCUGUUAUUGACGCGCUCAUUUCAACGUCCACCGGAGACUUGCGCCGUGCGAUAACGUAUCUCCAGUCAGCCUCUCGUUUGUCCUCAUCAACAAACCCGCCCACACCUAUAACUUCCACCGACAUUCAAGAGAUAGCAGGAGUCGUCCCUGAUUCUGUUGUUGCCGAUUUCGCAGCCACACUGGGCAUUGAUUCCAUGCAAAUAGAUGGCAGUAAAGGUUUUGAAAGAGUACAAGCAAAAGUGAAGGAACUCAUUCGAGAGGGUUAUUCGGCGUCCCAGCUUCUUACCCAACUUCAUGACCUGAUAGUUCUGCAUCCCACACUCAGUGGGCGCAGUAAAUCCACAUGCGCCAUGGUAAUUGCCGAAGCAGACAAAGCUCUGACCGAUGGCGCGGACGAGGAGUUGUGGAUUCUUGAAGUAGCACUUCGAAUUCACAAAACUAUAAGUCGAGAAUAG